CACACCCAUCAGGCACAUAUGGCUCUCACUCUGAUACUCUUCCUCUCCAUCCUCUUCCCCUCUGUGCUGCCAGAUGCUGACGGCAUGUACACAGUGAGUAGAGUAGCUGUACAGAGAGGAAGAUCUGUCACCAUCCCAUGUCCCUAUGAUAGAGAAUAUGAAAAUCAUGUGAAAUACUGGUGUCAUGGUUCAGACAGGAAUAAGUGUGAAACUGUAGUACGCACUGACUCUCCAACAGUUAAAGGUGAAACAUCAAUCACUGAUGACCCCACCCAUCAUGUCUUCACUGUUAACAUGACAAUGCUGACAACCUGGGACUCUGGAUAUUACUGGUGUGCUGUAGAGAUCCAGCAUGCUCCAGAUAAGGGAGCACGUCUGCACCUGUCAGUCACUGCAGGGCCUCCUGGACUCUGGGUUGAGAAGCAAGAGGUGGCCGGUGUGGAAGGGGGCCAUGUCAGUGUGCCAUGUCACUAUAAUGAACCGAGCAGCAUGAAGAAGUGGUGCAGCAUAAAGGGCUCCUGUGUGGAAAUGAAUUUUGGUGAAUCUAUUUUAUAUGGAAGAUCAGAGAUGAAAAAUGACCGCUCUAAAAAGGUCUUCACUGUGAUGAUGAGGGAGCUGAACAUGGAGGACGCAGGCUGGUAUUGGUGUGCUGCUGGAGAACUACAGAUCCCUGUUCACCUCACAACAACCAAUAAAAGUCCUUCAGAUCUCACAAUCAUCCUGAUGGCACUAGGGAUGCUGUUGCUGGUGGCAGCUGUUGCCACGGUUACCUGGAAGCUGCGUAAGAGACACAAGGGAGUCCAGACUCACACAGGAGCAAGAGAGGACCGGAGCAAUGAGCUGACGACUGCAGACUCUGAAGAUGAAGUGACGUACAGCACAGUGUUCACCAACACACAGUCAUCACCACACACAAUAAGUCCACAUCUGUCACAGACAUCUGAAAACCAUGCAGAUGAGGUCCUGUACAGCUCAGUCAUCCCGCAUCGACAGGGGGCAGCAACGUGACGAAAGAGUACCGUCCCAACAGGAAUUCUCGCUUCAAGCACAAGGGAAGACGCCCGGAAUUUAUACUACAGUUCAAUGGUGCUGAACAUGAAGAACAGGAGGAUCAAAUACAGUCCCUACCCCUUUACAAAUGUUUGACUCUGCUGCUGUAGGUCGAAACAUACACUUUCAGUUUCCUUACGUGAUUGCGUACUGCUGUCCUCUGCAUUGGAUUGGAAA